GGCCUUGAACUCUUUCAGUCUUUGCCUGGCUGAGAGAAUCCACAUUAAUUUUGAUUUUUAGGAAUAUUCUAACCCUAAUAAUAUCAGGAAAUAUUUUAGAUAAUUUACAUUAUAAUCCUAAAAGCCGCCACCUUCCACGUCAACAACCAGUGAUCCCCCUACACCAUCUGGCCCCGGCGACACCUGGGCGCUCCACGUCGACCCCGUAAAGAUCAGCGACGGCUGGACGGGGAGUUGCCGUGGAGUAGCAGCUUGACUUGACUGCGCGAAGUCACCGUCCACAUGAAGUCAAGAUCGCACUUAUUGUAGAUCCCUUUGAGUGAUCCUCUUCGUAUCUAUCUGAUCGUUUGGGAUGACAAUAUGAGCUUGUUUCACCUCCUUGCAGCCUCUCCUGAUCUCAAUGGCUUCAUCAACCAUUCUCUCCUUCCUCCUCUUCGCUCUCCUCCUCGCCCUCUCCCGUGCCGCCACUUUCGAGAUCGUCAACGGGUGCCCUUUCACCGUCUGGGCUGCAGCCGUGCCAGGUGGCGGCCGCCAGCUUGACCAAGGCCAGACCUGGGUCCUCGAUGUGAACCCCGGGACGACCGGCGGCCGCAUCUGGGCUCGCACCGGCUGCUCCUUCGACGGCAGCGGCAGUGGAAGUUGCCAGACCGGGGACUGCGGCGGCCUCUUGGAGUGCGAGGCGUACGGCAGCCCACCCAACACCCUCGCGGAGUUCUCGCUCAACCAGUUCAACAACAUGGACUUCUUCGACGUCUCCCUCCUUGACGGCUUCAACGUGCCCAUGGAGUUCAGUAGCUGCAUGGCGAUCCGGUGCUCGGCGGACAUCAAUGGGCGGUGCCCCGCCGAGCUGAGGACCCCGGGCGGCUGCAACAAUCCAUGCACGGUGUUCAAGACGGACGAGUACUGCUGCACCUCCAGCAGCUGCGGGCCGACCACCUACUCCAAGUUCUUCAAGAGCAACUGCCCCGACGCCUACAGCUACCCGAAGGACGACGCCACCUCGACCUUCACUUGCCCCGGUAACGGCGACUACAAGGUCAUUUUCUGCCCCUCCGUCUCGUCGUUGCCGGCCGAUGGGUACCCCACGAGGUUCGGCCGGAUCGCUGUGAGUUUUGUGAUCCCAAAGGCUUCAAGGACGUAAGAGGUUUUGUGCCUCGGAUUUGUGUGCUGAAUUGAGCGCUGCCGUGGGGAAAGGGAAGAUGCAGACUUUUUUGGUACACUACCAAAUCGUCCAAGUUUGACUUUGACUUUGA